AUGCCACCGCUCGGAAUCCGCAUCGCCCGCCUCCAGCCCGAGGACAUCCCCUUCGCCGCGCGCCUCGCCGGCCAGGCGUUUGCCAGCGACCGGCAAACCCAGAUGAAGGCGCUGGGCGAGGAAGAGCCCUUCGACAUGGAAAAGUACACUCUCGAGAGCAUGCCCGCCCACCUGACCUCGCGCACAUGCCACGUCAUCAAGGCUGUCGACGAGGCGACCGGCGAGAUCAUGGGCGUGUGCAACUGGGGCAUCAAGGGGUUCGUGCCGGAGCGGCUGCCGCUAUUUGAGGAGCGCGUGGCCGAGGCGGCGGCGGCAGAAGCCAAGCCGAAAGCGGAGCCGAAAAAGGAAGAAGAAGACGAAGAAGAAGAAAAGAAGGAGGACAAGCAGGAGGAGACGGACCCCAUCAAACGCCUGGUCGCCCUCACCGACGCCGACAUGCAGGCCUGGAUGGCCGAGGUCAUGCCGCCGGGCACCCGGUGCCUGUUCAUCAUCGGGCUGACCGUCGCGCCGGCGCACCAGGGCCGGGGCGUCGGCGGCGCGCUGCUGCGCUGGGGCACGCGCGUGUGCGACGAGGCCGGCGUCUUCGCGUGGGUGCACGCCUCGGACCCGUCGUGGGGCGCGUACCGCAAGGCCGGCUUCGAGGUCGUCCGCAGCCUGGACCUGGACCUGGACGCCUACGCGCCGUGCCCGCCGCCGGCUAGCGAGAGGGAGGGCGCGCGCUGGGGGCACUACGUGUUUCGGUACAUGAAGUAUCUGCCCAGGCCCAAGGAGGAAGGGAAGGAGUGA